AUGGCGCCCAACAAGAACUCACGGCCGGCGCCGGUGGCUCCGACGACGACGACCGUGCACCACGUCCCCGACAAGCUCCUCAGGCUCAUCUUCGAGCGCCUCGGCUGGCCCCUCUGGUUCGUCCGCGCCGCCGCCACGUGCAGGCGGUGGCGCCGAAUCGUCGUUCAGGUCAUCAUCCCCCGUCGACGACUACUACACCCCCUUGUCGUAGGCAGCUACCGCAACAACCGCGACGCGCCGGCCCGCGGCCCCAUCUUCACUCCUUCGCCGCUGGCGGUGGCCGCCGUGGACCGCCGCCACUUCUCCCUCGACUUUCUCCCCGGCGGUGGCGGGCAGUGGGAGCUCCUGGACAGCUCCCGAUCCGUCCUGCUCCUCGCCAAGAGGAAGACGGGGUGGAUGCGGCGCUGCUUCCCCGACCUGGUGCUCUGCGAGCCGGCCACGCGCCGCUACCAGCUCAUCCCGCGCAUGGAGGAGAUGAAGCACGAGCGCUACUUCGGCGCCUUCCUCUACGGGCACGGAGCGAUCAACGUGGGCUCGUGGGAGGAGAAGAGCUAUAACCGGUCCACGUUCGAGGUGGUCUGCCUGCUUUACCAAAGGCAUGACCGCGUGUGCGAGGAGAUUGGCAGGGCGAGGGUCUGCGUGUUCUACUACUACACUCAUUGUGGCAGAUUGGUCUUGAACCGUCCGCCAGGGUGGUACCUUAAGAAGGAGUACCAUGGACAGUCGUCUCCUGAUCUUCGUGGCCCAGAGUCUCUCUAUUUUUUGGGACGCACGACGCAUUUUCCGUAUUGGGGUAUCAGACAUGAUGAUCGAGCCUUGCUGCUUUUUGAUGGAUACACCGAAGUCUACAGUGUGCCCGACGUCGCUCGAGGGUCGGUCUUCCGUCUUGUUGAUCAUAGCAGUCAGUACGACAAGAUUCGUGUUGUUUGCUUGCAUGGCAGCACUCUACGGAUCUUUGUGGCGCUGUUUUAUAAUAUGGAGAACUCGGUGCUUGAAAAGAGCAUCCAGUUGACAGAGGCUACAAGUGGGCUAGUAGGAUACAAAGAGGAGUACUUUGGAGGUGGUAGCGAUGCCCUGGAGAUUGUUGCGGCCGACAAGGGGUCUGUAGUCGUCGCCGCGGCAACAAAGGCGUGGAUGUUCUCGGUCGAUCUUGAGACCAUGGAGGUGGCGGAGUACAAGUGCAAGAAGAAUGCCGACAUAAGUGUCGUGGCCUAUCCUUGUGAGCUUCCAUGGCCACUGACUUUGAAUGCUUGUAAGGUUCGGUGUAAGUGA